UUGGUUUGAGUUGGGUUAAUGACCAACAAGUACUAAUUGAGGAUGUUAAUGAGCCAAAUCGAGUUAAGUUUUGCCUUGUUUAGGUUGAACUUGUUGAUAAACGAGUCGAGCUCAAGUUUGACUCAUUUACAAAACGAGCUGAGUCGAGUUGAGCUCGAGCUGACUCAUUUAUUGAAACCUACUUGACUCAUAUAUGAUACAUGUGAUUAACUGAUCUCAUGUCAUAUGAGACAUAUUUGCCCACGUUAGCGAAUAACUGAUUGUGUUAACGGAGACGGACAAAAACUAACGGAGAGUGACAAAACUUGAAACUAUUUUACUAAAUCCGGUGACCACGAAUGAAAUUAAAUAUUUGCAGAGACCAAACAUGAACUUUUUUAGUAAUCCCAGUGACGGAACUCGCAAUUUACCCGUUUGAUAAACCUAUGAAUUAUCAACAAGUCAACUCAUAUGAUAUAAUAUAGAUCGAUUUUUUCAUAAGCCGGUAGUCUGAGUUUGCUCACUAAUCACAAUGUUGAGACAUCUUACCAGCUCAAAACAAGGGAAUUCACGAGUUGAGCUCAACAAAUCCACAUAGUCGAGCUGGCUCACGAGCUGAACAAGGCUAAGCCCAACCUCAGCUCGUUAAUAAACGAAUCGAGUUUUUUUCUUAAUCGAAUAAAUUUUUAUCGAAUCGAACAACGAGUCAUACAUAAGCGAUUUGUUUGGAUGAAUGUUAGCCCAGGAAGUAGACCCAUGUAAGAUCGAAGCCACAUAUCCGACUGAAAAUCCGAAAUCCAAAUGAGUUUGCCGGUUGCCAAGCAUAUAUUGACAUUCACGAGCUUGCCAUUUAAAGGAUCUUACUACCGGCCUCCAAAUUUGGAUUACUGAUGUCCUGAAAAUAAAAAAGAAAGAAGGGUAAAAACUGUAAGGACACAAAAAUAGAGUGUGAAAAUGGCAAUUAGCCGGACGGGUCCCUGUUCAAAAGGUAUAACCGUCAGCAAGGUGAUGGAGGGAAAAUCUGGCGCCAAACCCGCGAACACGACCUCUUGGGACGGCGCGUAUUCCCGUAAAACGACAUUAACAGCGUCGAACCCACACGUCAUUUCCCUUUAACUAACUUUAAUUAAUUAAAUCCAAAUUCGAAAUUACAUCUCUCUUCACUCUUCAGUCGUCUCUGCACUGAUUAUUGUUUCACAUUGAUUAACAUAUCUUCUCGCGUAUUUUCUUAUUAUACCUCGUUUUCCUCUCUCUCUCUCCCCACUUCGGAUCGAUCAUCCAUCUCUCUAUUAUCGCAUUACAUUUCAUCUUUUUCCCCUUUCAAUAAUAGCCGCUGCUCCAUUCUCGGGCCCCAAUUUUCCCUCCGGCGAUCAUCGUUUUGAACUUCUCCGAUCCAGAUGAAACCAAAGAAGGUACUAUUCUCCUCAACGAAUAUGCUAAUUAUGUAGCCGCCCUUUUCUGGUGUCGUCAGGGGGAGGGUUUUUAUUUUCUUCUGUUUCUUCCACGUUUUGACCUCUCCAAGUGUUUGUUAAUGGUAAUUUGGCAGUUGACCUUCUUCAACCUUCCGCCACAAACAUAGUUUCCUGUCUGUUCGUUGCUACUGAGGAAUUUUUGUUCUGGGUAUUCGAGAAUUCCGUCUGUUUUUGGAUUGAUCUCCUUGUUUUGAGUAAAAAGGUCAGUUCUUUCCCCCUCUCUGUUCUGCAAUUCCGACUUUUUAUUUGCUAAAGCAAAUUUCUGGGUUCCCCAUUGUUCUGGUUUUAUGGGUUUUUGUUUUUCAAUUGAUUGAAGUUGGUUUCUUCAUUGGCAAAGAUUUUGGCGUGUGAUUGUAUAGGGGGAAAUUGUGGCAUAGUGGGUACCAUGAAUUAUUCUUAGUUUCUAAUGAUUAGGGUUGCUGAUAAGUGACAAUUAUAUAGGUGGGGAUAUGUUUGCUUUAGAUGAUUACUUUUCUUUUUGUAAUUCUUAGUGUGGUUCUGAGAAUUGCUUACUGAAAGAUGCCCCAGCUAUCAUGAUUCUGUUUCUGCAUGCCAAUUGAUUGUCUGCAAGCUUUUUGUCACUCACUGAUGCUCUGCUUUAUUUGGUAUCUGUUUGAUGGAGUUUUUGUUUUUAUUUGGUUUCUAAAAAGUCGAAGCCCUUUUUUGGCUUCAUAGAAAUGGAUCCUUUUCUUGAUCUUCUAACUUGGAGUUGCCUUCCUUGGCUUGGGGGCUUUCGAUCCUCUUGUUUGAUAUUUCGAGUUGGCUUGGUUUCCAUUUCUGUUUUUCAGACAGCUUAGAGCCUUUUUGAACACAAUGAAAUACAUGUUGUAGUGCAGAAAGGCAUUUGUUUCAUUUUGCUUUCUGGUUUACCUAAAGUUUCUCUUGAUGUUUCCUUCUGUUAAUCUAUUGUUUUGCAUUCAUUGUAUAAUGCAUUUGUCUGCAGAACUGAAAAAUUGAUUUGUCUGCAGAACUGAAAAAUUGAUUCCCUCUUCUUAUCUGGAAAUUCUCUUGGGUUAGACCAGGUCCAUAUAUUCCUAAGCAGCGGGUAAUUCAUUCAAGAGUUUGUCAACCAGAAUGGAACCCAGGCAACCUGUUCCCAGUGUUAUUGCAAGAUUGAUGGGUUUGGAUGAAUUUCAACCUCGACAACCAGUUCAAAAGAAAGCAAGAGUGCUUUCUGAGAAGUAUAUGCAGAGAGUGAGUGCUAUAGGUAGCCGAGAGAAACAUCAAAAGCUUCGUUUAUUUGGUUUGGAUUCAGAAGAGUCAAGAGAUACCAACAGUUUGGGAACAGACAGACAAAAUGGGAGCUUAGCUGGGAAGAGGAAAGCUCAUUUAAGUUCAAUGGUGUCAUUAAAGCCUUCUAGCCAUGAAAACCUUGAUGUCUGCAGGAAAGGUCAGAAUGCUUGUGACCAAAGGUACACUAGUUUCAGCUCAUGCAGGGAUUUUGAAAGAAUUGGUGUACUUAAGCAACACACAGAUAAGGUGGAGAAUACUAAAACAAAGUCUACUUCUUCAAAGCAUGCAACCACAGGAAUUGGGUUUUCCAAAAGCAAUAUUCUUGGUAGAGAUGAAUUAGGUUCUAGAUAUCUGAAUGGUGGCACCUUGCUUAAGAAGUCUGAGUCAGUACCCUUGUCUCCCACCCAGCCAGUUGAAUUGGAUAUAAGUAGAAUGGAUGAAAAAGAGAUUACCUUUCCCGAUCAUGACUCUAAACCAACGAAGUUAUGUUUCAAUCCAGCUGCUCUUCGCUCAAGCAAAAACAGUCAGUAUGGCUGGAAGGUCAGGAGCAUUGGAUGCUUACAGAAACCUACACCUCUUCACUGGAGUCUUAGUGAUAUUCACAAUCAUGCACCAAGUGCUAGCCAUGACUCUGUUGUUAAAAGUAGUAGCCGAGCGAGUAAGCUUGAGUUUAUAAAUUCUGUUCAGCGAAAGGAGAGAGAGUUAUUGUUUGACCGCAGACAUGCUUCAGAAAGUAUAAUCUCAGCAAAGAGCUACGAGGAGAUGCCUCCGCCUGUUGAGGUUUCGGAAGUAGCAAACAAGAAUCCAGAACCUAGUUAUAUCCCUCCAAAUGUGGCUGAAAAGAAGUUUGAAAAGGAUGCACAUUGCCAGAGUUCACUUGAGAUGGUUGUUAAUGGAGAAACCACGUUUGUAAAUGAAGCCUCCCUAGCACUUGACAAGCAGCAGUUGUUGGAGAUAGAAGAUGGGGAUCUUUCUAUGAAAGACCAAGACUAUUCUCGUUAUACAAUGGCUGCUUCAAUUCUAAAGGAUAUAUCAGCUGUAACGUACGGGAAAGAAUACAUUUCUUCUUAUUGCUCGUGUACGGACCCAGAAUCACUAGUGAGCUCAGAAGAUUCCUACUAUCAAUCCAGUCCAAAUUCCGUAUUGGAGACUUCAUACAGGAAAGAGGUAUCUUCUUGCUUCGAUUGUUGGGACGGUGCUGGUGCUUCUUUGCAAGGCUUGCAUAAUCGACUCGAAAUCCUGAAGUCAGAGUUAUUGGAUGGAAACUCAGAAGACUUUGACACAAUGGUCUCUAGCGAGGGAGAUACCCAGGAAGAAGAGUCAGUAAGCGAUUUUGAAGCAAAUGAAGUUGCAAUGAGACUUUUUAAAGCUGAAGAGAGCAGGGAUUUCUCAUACUUGGUCGAUGUGUUAACCGAGGCAGGGCUGAUCAACAGAAGCCCAUACUUGAUCAGUCCUAACCACUCAUGGAACUCUGAUGAAUGCUUAAUCGUUAGUCCUUCGGUCUUUGAAACACUAGAUAAAAAGUACGGAGAACAGGUAUCUUGGAAGAGGGCCGAUAGAAGAUUACUAUUUGAUCGUAUAAACUUGGGGCUGGUGGAGAUUCUGCAGUCAUCUUUGAGCCAGCAGUCAGUCUCGUGGUCGGAACCUGUAGCAAGAAGAUUCAUGCUCAACUAUGGUGGCCAGGAGGAUAUUGAGGAGGAGGUAUGGUUGUUACUCGCCAGCCAGGAAAAUGGAACGGGAAAGAAUUCUGAGAAGGUGACGGGGCAGGAUGAUAAGUGGUUUGAUCUGGGUGAUCAUGUUCAGGAGAUCAGUAGAGACAUAGCAAAUUCUUUGUUUGAUGAGUUGGUGGAGGAUGCUGUUAGCAACAUGGGGUGAUAUUUUUGGAAAAAUUUGCAGAAAUUUCCACAUACGUAGUAUAUAUACAGGAUAUGUGGUAUAAGUAGUAUAUGGUUUUUGAAUCAAGGAGUAUUGAGUGAGUACUGAGUAGUUUGAUUGUUGCUUGCUCCCUGCCAAGUCCACUUGUGCAAAUUUUUUUCUCUCCAAUAGACCACAAGGAAGAUGAGAGAUAGCUAGAUAUAUACAGUGUUUGUUGUAGGUUUUGAAAAUAUUGAAGAUGUAUUCUUUUUGAGUAAAUCAGUGAGUUCUCAUGUAAAAUAUGGUCAUUUUCUGGGCAAGCUAUGUAAAAACUGCUGCAUUUUUCCUAUUGCUUGAGACAAAGUUGAAUGCACAACCAUUUUUUGGUGUGAGCUUGCAAAGAUUCGCAGUUUCCUGAAUUGUUAUCGUUUGGUUGGUUUCUUGAAUCUGCAGUUCACUGAUCUCAAGUACAAGGAGAUGGUCACAAGCAAAGGUGACCAUUUUUGCUUGUACGACCUCAAAUUGAGUCCAGAAAAUGCUCUUAAUAACAUGUUCUGUAUUGUGAAUGUGAAAGUCAGAAACAAUGGCACAGUGGUAACUACUGGCGAAUGGCGAUGCAGCAACUGAAACUACUUGUUUCCUGAAGCCGAGGAUCUGCUAAAAUGACCCUUGAAUCCAAGCAGCUUUCAGCCUACCUAAACCUCUAACAUCCAAGAUCAAAUAAGCAAAAUCCCAACCA